AUGAUAGCUUCGACAUUUACUCUAAGUAUAGUGCUGAUUUUGACGCUAAGAUUAUUUCAAUGGUUAGCUGCAUAUCAAGAGGCAGUUGUAGACUUUAUUUGGUGUCGGUCGCAUGCCACUAAAUUACAAACCUUGACAGUUAAGCGUAAGGAAUUGCACCGCGAACAACAAUCAGUCAGUGCUCAAGACCAGUAUGCCCGUUGGACAAAGCUCAACCGCCAAAUUUCUCAACUAGAUACUGAAAUUACAAAUGUCACUUCUCAGUUGGUCAAACAGAGGCAAUCGGGUAUACAGGUUCUAUCUCGUUUGCGUCUUCUACUGUUUACCAUUCCCCUAACUGUUUUGAAGUUUUGGAAAGGGAAGCUUCCCGUGUUUUCACUGCCUAGUGAUCUGUUUCCACAUAUGCUUAAAGGUAUCAUGUCUCAGGGUUGGGCAGCAGCUGCACUUGGUCCAAUCCGCUAUGUGUUGAAAGGCCCUGUUCAAGUGACAGAGAUGCACAUAGAGACAACCGUCUGCCUGGCCAUUUGGCUAUGGGCCCUCACCAGAGUAAUUGAUACAACUGAAUUUGUUGUACGUAAUCUAUGCAAUUAG